GAUGAGAAAAUGGGAUGUGAGUUUUAUCUAGAUAAACGGGCAUGGAUAGUAUCAGCAAGAUUUGCAGGGCCCUGCAGAGGGCUAGCAAUGCUUAUUAAAUAACUGCCGUAGGUGCUGUAUCAUAAAUGAGAAGCCAAGGGUGUCCGUUAAAGUCUGCAGGUGGAUUCUCAUCUGGGGAGCGCAGGCUACUGGGCAGUGAUUGAAGUGUCCAGCAGGGGGCUGGCAUUCUCUGUCUGUACUUAGCCCUGGUUCCUCUUCAGAGCCUCAGCUCAGCAGAGCUGCUGUUUGCUGGUUAAGUCAGUGACGUGCACAGCAUCCUGCCUAUAGGAUUUGAGGCUUUCUCUGUGCAGUUUUUUUUCUACCCACUUUAAACCUUCAGGUUCUAAAUAUCAGGAAAGAUAGGAAAUGCCGUAUGAAAAUAGCCGGCCAAAAGUUCUUUGUAAACUGCAGCCAGGGAGACUCAGACUAGAAUGGAGGUAGAAAGGGUUGGUACAGAGUGGGUUUAAUUCUGAGCCCUUUCUGGCCGAAUUUUUGUUGUUGUUUUGUUGUUAACUUACUGAAUAGAAACAUGUAGUACAUUGGUCAAGUGAAGACCACGGCAGCACCAGCGUCAAAAUAGUGCCAGACAGUUCUGAAUGCUAUAGUGUAUAUGUACUCUAUUUUUAUUAAAGAAGAUAAAGAGCCCAGCAUAGAUUUUUAUCCUCAUCUUCACCCAACUGCAAAAUCAAAGUUAAGCAACAGCAUCUAAGAGCACUUUUCAGGUGGGAAAGAAUCUAGAGGAUGGCUCUAAGUGAUUGUUUGCUUUUGAACUUGGAAGUGGACCACUUCUUGCACUGCAACAUCUCCAGUCACAGUGCAGAUGUCCCUAUGAACGACGACUGGUUCCACCCGGGGAUCCUGUAUGUCAUCCCUGCAAUCUAUGGGGUCAUCAUUCUGAUAGGCCUCAUCGGCAACAUCACGCUGAUCAAGAUCUUCUGUACUGUGAAGGCCAUGCGAAAUGUGCCGAACCUGUUCAUCUCCAGUCUGGCGUUGGGAGAUCUGCUCCUCUUGGUGACAUGUGCUCCCGUGGAUGCCAGCAGGUACCUGGCCGACAGAUGGCUGUUUGGCAGGAUUGGCUGCAAGCUGAUCCCUUUUAUACAGCUCACCUCGGUGGGGGUGUCUGUCUUCACCCUCACGGCUCUCUCGGCGGACAGGUACAAAGCCAUCGUCCGGCCGAUGGAUAUCCAGGCCUCUCAUGCUCUGAUGAAGAUCUGCCUCAAAGCUGCAUUGAUCUGGGUUAUCUCCAUGCUUCUGGCAAUCCCGGAGGCUGUGUUUUCUGAUCUACAUCCCUUUCAUGAGGAAAGCACCAACCAGACCUUCAUUAGCUGUGCUCCGUACCCACAUUCUAAUGAGCUGCACCCCAAAAUUCACUCCAUGGCUUCCUUCCUGGUCUUCUACAUCAUCCCACUGUCGAUUAUCUCUGUCUACUACUACUUCAUUGCUAAAAAUCUGAUCCAGAGCGCUUACAAUCUGCCUGUGGAAGGGAAUAUACAUGUCAAGAAGCAGAUCGAAUCCCGGAAGCGCCUCGCCAAGACAGUGCUGGUGUUUGUGGGCCUCUUUGCCUUCUGCUGGCUCCCCAACCACAUCAUCUACCUGUACCGCUCCUACCACUACUCGGAGGUGGACACCUCCAUGCUCCACUUCAUCACCAGCAUCUGUGCCCGCCUCCUGGCCUUCACCAACUCCUGUGUGAACCCUUUUGCCCUCUACCUGCUGAGCAAGAGUUUCAGGAAACAAUUCAACACCCAGCUCCUCUGUUGCCGCCCUGGCCUGUUGACCCGCUCUCACAGCACCGGCAGAAGUACCACCUGCAUGACCUCCUUCAAGAGUACCAACCCCUCCGUGGCCACCUUCAGUCUCAUCAACGGAAACAUCUGUCAUGAAGGGUAACAUCAUGGCAUGGAUUUCAGGAGACUGAAAUCUAGGUCCAGCUGUGUGUCCUGAGGCAAAUCCUGUCACCUCUUUGAGACUUCUAAACAGAAGGGCUGCAGAAGGCGUGUGCCAGCCAACGGCCCAGGACUGGUAAAACUGGGAAUCAACAGAUGGACGGACGCGAACCUGCUUAUUGGGACGGACUUACCUGGGCCCUUCUCCAGGGAGGCCAACUUCUUCUUCCACCUCAAGACCCUAAAAUUCCGGUGAGAGAGACCCAAGCCCCCAUGUGGUAUCACCUCUCUGCUAGGGCAGAGUGUGGCAGGGGCUGGAGCUAAGACAUUUCACGCCUGGCUUCCAAAGAUAAUCACGUUUAGCGCUUAUGUCUUUGGUGAGGGGGGAAAAAAAUCAAUUUUUUUCUGUGGAAAACCAUCUGUGUUUAUUCAAUUGACAGACACUACCUUUCAAUCUAUCUUAAAUUGAGCCUCCCUGAGGCAGGCAGCUCAACAGUGAUAGAUUAAGCAAUAAACAAGGCAGCCUGCCCACCAUCGGCCGCCGCUGGCAGGGAGGGCGCAGCUGCUGUUAGGAGUGAUAUUCCACAGCAAGAUGGUCC